AGCUACGGCUACGGCGGGGGAGGUGGAGGUGGAAGUGCAGGUGCAGGUGCCGGUGCCGGUGCGGGUGCAGGAAACGCGGUACGGAACAGUGCCGUGACCGAGUUUGAGGAGGACUGGAGCGGCAGUGGUAGUGGCAGCUCGGAGUGGACGGAUGAUGAGCGGCAUCAUGCUGAGAGUGUUAGUGAGUGUGAGAGUACCAGUGGUAGUGGUAGCGGGGAGGUGAACAGGUACUGGAAUGUCGAUCUCAGGGAGCAGGAGGAAAGGUAUCCGUAUGAGGUGCGGCAGCAGCGGCGGCUGCCCGGGCCGAGUGAGCAGUACGGGUAUCGUUACGGGUACGGGAGGAGUUGGGGGGCGUAGAUGGUAUCUUCUUGGAGUUUUUUUCCUUGCGUUGGUGGUGGUUGUCUCUGCUUUUUUGUUUUCUGCUGCAUCUGCAUAUUCUCGAGUUUUGUCUGCGGUUGGGCGUUGGGGGUUUUGCUUUUGCUUUUGCUUUGGUUGGGUUAUGAUCAUGAUCGGUGUACGCAUACAGUGGUGAUCCGUGGAGAGAAGAGGAUUGUACGUUUAGUUGAUGUGGGGGCUGGAUAUCUACAGUAAUAGAGUAACAAGGAAAGAAAC